AUGCCAUGUUACAGGUGCUGCCGCGACGACGAUGUCUGCAGAUUCAGCCUGACGCGGAAACGACACGUCUUGAGGGGCGCAGUCCACAAACAGACAGACCAGAUCUUGUAUGACAACGAAUCCUUCAAGGCCGGCGUCGUGGAACUGUACAAGCGCGUCAUCUCCGGGAGAGGACUCGAGGACAGCGUCCACGACGUUCAGGUCAACACGAACAUCACUACCAUCCUUGAUAGCGUCGGCGUCCUCGGGCAGGACAAAGAUGCUGCCUCCACCGCCUACGUUUUCCCUGGCAUCUUAGAGUCUCGGGCAGAGUCGCUUCCCACCCUCAAAAGACUGAUACAACCCGCCAUCACACCGGAUUCGAACGUAUCAGAGGAGCCAUCGCGUUUGAUGCCCUCCGCAAAUUUGUUUCCCCAAGCUGCUUCGAGGAGUCGGACCUUUACAUAUCAUUCACCAGGCUCAGCAGCCGCAAUGACGAAACCUAGACCAUCAGCUUCCUUCGAGCCAACGGCACGUCUAACAAACCUCAAUGACGGUACAGCGCAUACCUCGAUCUACCCGCCGCCAUCCUCACCAUGGUUGCGACCGGCGUGUGGUCCACCGAUCCCAGACUAUAUGCCACCGACAUGUGGUCCACCGAUUACAGACUUAGUCUAUAGUAUGAGCGACGCGCCUACCACGUCUGGAUGGGUCAGACCAGAUUCGGGCGGCGGUGGUGGUAGCGAAAGAGGUCCUCCUCCUGCGCCUAUGGUCACGGGGAGCCACCACUACCCCUAUUACACAGCGACGCUAUGGCCGCAAGAUUUCCAAGGUCAGGAAUAUCCUCCUCAGUGGGAAUGGCCAUUUCCUUCAUCCCAACCCUAA